GAUGGGCGAGGAAGUGAGGGAGCUGUCAGUGGAGAGCGCCGGGCGCGCGCUCCAGGCCGGGUUCCGGGAAGCGAAUCUUCGCUGUCUUGGCUUGCAGGCAAAGGGCAGUCUCUGCGCUCCCGACGUUCCGGGUGCUGCCUCUUGUAGAAGCACCUGAAAUGCAGAGCCUGGUGCAAUAAGCAGUAGCGGCCACACCAGCCACAGAGACAGCACUGGGGGUCCUGUGUAGAAGCUCCAACCCCCUGGUCUUUGUGCCCGCCUGCGUCCCCUGGCUCGGAGGCAGGUCAUCUUGGAAAAUCUAGGAUUGCAAAAAUGUUUCCCUUAAAGGAUGCUGAAAUAGGUGCCUUUACCUUCUUUGCCUCGGCUUUGCCACAUGAUGUUUGUGGAAGCAAUGGGCUUCCUCUCACACCAAAUUCUAUCAAAAUUUUAGGGCGCUUUCAAAUUCUUAAAACCAUCACCCAUCCCCGACUUUGUCAAUAUGUGGAUAUAUCUAGAGGAAAACAUGAAAGACUCGUUGUGGUGGCUGAACACUGUGAACGGAGUCUGGAAGACUUGCUUCGAGAAAGGAAACCUGUGAGCUAUUCAAAGGUUUUGUGCAUAGCAUUUGAAGUACUUCAGGGCCUGCAGUAUAUGAACAAACAUGGUAUAGUACACCGAGCACUGUCUCCUCAUAAUAUCCUGUUGGACCAAAAGGGACAUAUUAAAUUGGCUAAAUUUGGACUUUAUCACAUGACAGCUCAUGGUGAUGAUGUUGAUUUUCCAAUUGGGUAUCCAUCAUACUUGGCCCCGGAGGUAAUUGCACAAGGAAUUUCUAGAACAACUGAUCAUGUGCCCAGUGAAAAACCAUUGCCUUCUGGCCCCAAAUCAGAUGUGUGGUCUCUUGGAAUCAUUUUGUUUGAGCUUUGUGUGGGAAGAAAAUUAUUUCAGAGCUUGGAUAUUUCUGAAAGACUAAAAUUUUUGCUUACUCUGGAUUGUGUAGAUGACACUAUUACAGUUCUGGCUGAAGAGCAUGGGUGUCUGGACAUUAUAAAGGAGCUUCCUGAAAAUGUGAUAGAUCUUUUGAAAAAGUGCCUCACCUUCCACCCUUCAAAGAGGCCAACUCCAGAUGAAUUGAUGAAGGACAAAGUGUUCAGUGAAGUGUCGCCUUUAUAUACCCCCUUUAUCAAACCUGCCAGUCUGUUUUCAUCUUCUUUGAGAUGUGCUGACUUAACUUUGCCUGAGGAUAUCAGUCAGUUGUGCAAAGAUACAAACAGUGAUUACCUGGCAGAAAGAUCUAUUGAAGAAGUUUAUUACCUUUGGUGUUUGGCUGGAGGUGACUUGGAGAAAGAGCUUGUCAACAAGGAAAUCAUUCGAUCCAAGCCACCUAUCUGCACACUCCCCAAUUUUCUCUUUGAAGAUGGUGAAAGUUUUGGACAAGGCCGAGAUAGAAGUUCACUUUUAGAUGAUACCACUGUGACAUUGUCAUUGUGCCAGCUAAGAAAUAGAUUGAAAGACGUUGGUGGAGAGGCAUUUUAUCCAUUACUUGAAGAUGACCAGUCAAAUUUACCUCAUUCAAACAGCAAUAAUGAGCUGUCUGCAGCUGCCACUCUCCCUUUAAUCAUCCGAGAGAGGGACACAGAGUACCAGCUGAACAGAAUCAUUCUCUUUGACAGGCUGCUAAAGGCUUAUCCAUAUAAAAAAAAUCAAAUUUGGAAAGAAGCAAGAGUUGACAUUCCUCCUCUGAUGAGAGGAUUAACCUGGGCUGCUCUUCUGGGAGUUGAGGGUGCUAUUCAUGCCAAAUAUGAUGCGAUUGAUAAAGACACUCCAAUUCCUACAGAUAGACAGAUUGAAGUGGAUAUUCCUCGCUGUCAUCAGUACGAUGAACUGUUAUCAUCUCCAGAAGGUCAUGCAAAAUUUAGGCGUGUAUUAAAAGCCUGGGUGGUAUCACAUCCUGAUCUUGUAUACUGGCAAGGUCUUGACUCACUUUGUGCUCCAUUCCUGUAUCUAAAUUUCAAUAAUGAGGCCUUGGCUUAUGCAUGUAUGUCUGCUUUUAUUCCCAAAUACCUGUAUAACUUCUUCUUGAAAGACAACUCUCAUGUAAUCCAAGAGUAUUUGACUGUGUUUUCUCAGAUGAUUGCAUUCCAUGAUCCAGAGCUAAGUAAUCAUCUCAAUGAGAUUGGCUUCAUUCCUGAUCUCUAUGCCAUUCCUUGGUUUCUCACCAUGUUUACUCAUGUUUUUCCACUGCACAAAAUUUUUCACCUCUGGGAUACCUUACUACUUGGGAAUUCCUCUUUCCCGUUCUGUAUCGGAGUAGCUAUUCUUCAACAGCUGCGAGACCGGCUUUUGGCUAACGGUUUUAAUGAAUGUAUUCUUCUCUUCUCUGACUUACCAGAAAUCGACAUUGAACGCUGUGUUCGAGAAUCAAUCAACUUGUUUUGUUGGACUCCUAAAAGUGCUACUUAUAGACAGCAUGCUCAGCCUCCAAAACCAACUUCUGACAGCAGUGGACUCAGAAGUUCAGCACCUUAUUUCUCUGCCGAGUGUCCAGACCCACCUAAGUCAGAUCUGUCAAGAGAAUCCAUCCCAUUAAAUGACCUGAAAUCAGAAGUAUCACCCAGGAUUUCAGCAGAGGACCUGAUUGACUUGUGUGAGCUGACGAUGACCGGCCACUUCAAAACACCCGCCAAGAAAACAAAGUCUGGUAAACCAAAGCUCCUGGUGGUUGACAUCCGGAACAGUGAAGAUUUCAUUCGGGGUCACAUUUCAGGCAGUAUCAACAUUCCAUUCAGCUCUGCGUUCACUGCAGAAGGGGAGCUCACCCAGGGCCCUCACACAGCUGUGCUCCAGAACUUCAAAGGGAAAGUCAUUGUCAUCGUGGGGAAUGUAGCAAAGCACACAGCUGAGUUUGCAGCUCAUCUUGUGAAGAUGAAAUAUCCAAGAAUCUGUAUUCUAGAUGGUGGCAUUAAUAAGAUCAAGCCAACAGGCCUGCUCACCGUCCCAUCUCCUCAAAUAUGAAGAGCCAGGAGUAUAACCAUCAAAAGGACAAGGAGGCAUGAGCACCCUGCAGCACAGCGCUUCCUAGCUAUGCCAAUUAAGACAGAACUAGACACCCAGAGUGUUGAAUUUCCGUAAAGCAAAACUUUAAGUCUUAUGACCCAAACAUUCAACUAUCCCAGCAAGAAACUUGACUGUACAUGUAUUGCUAAAAGAAUUUUUCUUAACAGUGAAAUCAGAUCAUGCAUUUUUAGCACACUGCCCAUAAAGCCAGAGGAAUUCAGCUGACACGGCAGAUUUAGCAUUAUCAAGAAAUCCCAGUUCUGUGGAACUGAAUAGCAAUCCUAAAAUGUAUCAUUUAGAAAUAUAGACUGAAUGCGGGCCAAAGUCAUCUUUUCAUAACAAAAAGUAAAAAGCUAUUUACAAUCCGUCACUUAUAAAUAAAUCUAAAUGUGGUUCCAGCUGUGUGUGUGUGUAUGUGUGUAUGUUCAGAGGAAGUAGUUUAACCCAUUGUAUAAAAGAGUAAUAGUUUACUCCCAGAAAAAUAAAAUUCAGAAGCCAUUCAUAUUAGAUAGAAUAUUUGUUCAGCUCCUAUAGCAGAGAAACCAAAAACAGUGACUUAAGCAAGUAUACUGGUUUAUCAUAUAAAAUUCUACAUAGUCAUUCCAGGACAAAUAGACUGCAUGGGUCAUCAUUAAGAAAGGAGGUGUCUUUUCUAAUCACUUUACCACCCACACUACAUGGCCCAUGUCUCAUGGAUGAAAAUGGCUGCUCAGCUCCUACCAUCACAUCUGCAAUCCAGAAAAAAGGAAUGAAGGAAGGAGAGAGGAUCUGAGGGAAAGGAAGGAAAGAAAUAGGAAGGAUGAAGAAAGGAGGGAAAAGGAGGCAUGCUAACAUCCUAUAAGGGCAUUAGUCAGAAGUUGCACAAAUUUUUUCUGCUUGCUUAAUUAUGGGUCAGAACUUAGACACAUGGCCACACAGUACAGAUGGAAGAAAAACAGAAUAUAGUAUUUGGUUGGUACAAUAUCCUUGGCUAAAAACUAUUACUUUGUAGGGAGAUGAAAACUUACUGAGGGGCAGUUGAUGGUCUCUACCUCUGCCACAUUAUUUUAAAAAUUAGCUACUGUACUUCAUUGACUCUAAGACAUAUCACAAUUCUUUAUACCAUGAAGGAAAAAUUGCAGCCAAUAAAUGACAUGCCAUAAAUUACAAAAUGUGCUCCCAUUUCAGAAACCUGAAAAACAAGCAUCUUCCAUAUCUUUUGACUACCUGCAAUUUUGUUUUAACUAAAAAGUGUUCAUUAACUGGUAAUGUAUAUUCUUCAGUGUUAAGACUGCCUAGGCAGGCCAUUUCAGUAGCAGCGUUAACUUUCUGGAACAAAGUUUUAUUAUCGUUGUUGUUUGUUUUGUGUUCUUUGUAUCUACUUUUCUUAUUGAAGAAGAUUUUACAUCCCAUUAAAUGCAACUUUUGCAGUGAGAUUUCUGUCUUUUGCUACCAUAAACAAGCCACUACAUUGAAGAUGCCCAAUUAAUGUAAAAUGAAAUUGAGUCUCUAGGGAGGUUAGAAUCUAUAUAAAUGGAGUAAAAAACAGCCCAUGGUAAUUUUUUCAAUUGCCUCAUUUAUCUGGUAGCUGAU